AUGUACAGAUAUCCAAGGGCAAUUACGAUUGUGUAUGCCACUGUGUUGUGCAAGUAUAUCGUGCAAGCUCUGCCCUCUACCACACUGGGCGACUACUUUGUCGUCCAGGUACCUGCACUGCCCGAGGGUAGCACCGCCGUGUCUCACGUCAUCAGCCCAUUCAUCGAGUGCACCGAGGUCACCCAGACGGUCACCUACACGACACAAACCGACACGACACAAGUCGACAGGACGACAGAACGUGUUGACCAGCUGUGGGUCACCUUCUUUGAUAUACCCAUACAUUUAUUUAGAACGCGAACUGAUACAACCUACGGAGCAAUGGUAUACAGAGGCAAUGGCCAGUUUACAUUGGAUGUUUUCUUAGCUUUCGAUGCAAGUGGCUGGACAGAUUUUAUACACUGUAUCCCAGUCAGUGGGUUUGGUCUAGAGUACUUCAUCUUUACACUGAGGCAGUUCCCGACGUAUGCAAUAGUGUCUGGUCCAAACGACGUGUUUGUUCGACUGUAUUAUCGGAGUGUUGGCAAAGAGAAACUUCUCUCAAUCAUGUUACCAAGGGAGCGGGCGUAUGUGUCUUCAGAUUGCCUGAAUACUGCGGGCACGCGAGAUGCCAAGGAAGACAUUUACAUCAGGAGCGACCACCCAGUUGGGGUCGUAGCGGGCAGCUGUAGGGCCGCGGCUUUAUCCAACAACAAUCAUCAGUGUGCGCCCACAACAAGGAGAAACAUUGUAUUAGACAUGCUACUUCCUGCCGAGACUUUCGGUAAAACAUUCCUGAUUCCGAAUGUGGGUGUGGCAGGAACUGAGCGUUACGUCAUUGUCGUGGCCUCUGUGACGUACACACGAGUAGAGAUCUCGACGUCACAUUUCAGAGAUUCUCACUUCACAAAUUUAGAAAGAGAAGGCCAGUCUAUGCACUACAUGCUCAAAGACUCACAUCUUGUAAAGGCAGACAACCCAGUCAUGUGUUACCUGUUGGUGCAGGGGUCGUGCUUGAACAGGGAUGUCAGUAUAUCAAUGACUAGUAUCACACCCACAGCUCUGUUCUACAACACCUACACAUGGAAUUCGAUGUACCCUUCAGUGGAAAACUUGAAGGUCUACGUAGCUCUGAUUGUUCAUGUUGCUGACAAGAAUUACAUAGUCUUUAACGAGGAGUCAGGCAAAAAAUGGGCGUGGAAAAGUGUUCAAGGUGAUCGAUUCUGGAACACCAUAUCAAAAGAAGUAGAAGAAGACGUUGGCUUUGCUUACAUGCAGGGUCGACAGUUUGGAUUUGGCUGCUACAUCUACAGCUUUCAGGAUAAUCUAAACUACAUACAAAACAGAGGCUUCAUUGUUACAUCCCUCGCCAAAGUUGGUGACUGUGCUCAGACAAUGAAAGAAAUGAAUGAAUCUGAUCUGGUGGAUAAUGACUGUGAUUCCCUGUAUGAUGAGGAAAUGGCCAACAGGUUAGAUGAUGAUAGUGAUGGGCUAGUAGAUGAGGAUACUGCAGUCAACUUGAUAGUGGACGGCCAGUGGGGAGAGUGGGGGCCCUGGGAGUGUGAGGCACCCUGUGGGGUGUCACCCUUCAUCUCACGCAGGGCGUGCAACAAACCAGCACCACAGAGGAUGGGGGCACCUUGUACAGGACAUCACAUCAAGAAAAACAAGGCUCUAUGUAGAGCGCUGGGGGCAUGUGGUCAAAAGUGUGACAAAGGUUACUAUGGUUUCGGCUGUGCGUACACCUGCAGCAACUGUGUCAAUGGCUGUGACCCGGUCAACGGGUCAUGUGACAUGUGCUCACCUGGCUGGACAGACCCGCACCUCGGAUGUUCCUCACCUUGCCCUAAGUGGACCUACGGCCUACAAUGUCAACAGCUUUGUGAGCCCAAAUGUGGCGUAGACUGCACUGAACGUGUGACUGGAAAAUGUCCAGCAUCCAAAAUGUUUUUCAUGUUUGCACUAUGGGUGGACUUGAUGUUGGUAGUGUUAACCAUUUCGUUCAUUCUUUAUUGGACCCAUGGUGGCACCCGUGUCCAUAUCUUAAUGCUAUGGUCGGCUCUUCGACGCAAGAACUACGUCUGGAGGUACAAGACCUCUAAAGGCAAGGAAAUAGAGGUCCUGGCAACAAGGUCCUUCUACAAGACCUACAAGUCCAGGCCAGACCAGCUGGUACAGCUGACACCCCUGCCUACUGCUAAAAUAGUCUCAAAAAGUGUUUUAUUUGCCAGAAACAAACACGGUGAAGAAGGCAAGGACGCUGAUGAAUUAUCCAGCGCUGCUUCUAUUACAAUAGAGACUUUAUCUAUUGUGGCUCCUGCAACUAGCAGGUCAGGCAACAGAUUAUCUUCCUCCAAGCCAUUAGAUAAGAGAAUGCCUUCUUCAACUAACAUAGAUUUUUCCAAACCAUUAAAAAACAAAAUAUCUAUCAGCAAGGAAUCGCUUUCGAAGCCAACAACAACCAAAAUCUCGUCCUCGGCGCAAUCAAUUCAAGUAUCCCCCACAAAAGAACUUACUUUAAUCCAUAAUGCCAUUAUUACUCCUAUUGCUGAGGAGUUUUCUAGAGAAAAAUCUCCUAAAGCUAAGCCAUCCAGUUCCAAAAGUGCUUUAAGAAAUAUGCCAUUCACCAAAUCAGCAGACGCUAAAGAAUCAAAAUCAACAAAAUCUUCUUCUAAAAAUGAAACAGAAAAGUCUAAACCCUCUUCUAAAAAAGAAUCAGAAAAAUCUAAACCUUCUUCUAAGAAAGAAUCAGAGAAGUCUAAACCCUCCUCUAAGAAAGAAUCAGAAAAGCCUAAAUCCUCUUCUAAGAAAGAACCAGAAAAGUCCAAAUCCUCUUCUAAGAAAGAACCAGAAAAGUCCAAAUCCUCUUCUAAGAAAGAACCAGAAAAGUCCAAAUCCUCUUCUAAGAAAGAACAAGAAAAGUCCAAAUCCUCUUCUAAGAAAGAACCAGAAAAAUCCAAAUCCUCUUCUAAGAAAUGAAUCAGAAAAAAAAAAGAUAAAAAGAAAGCAAAACCUCAGAACAAAUUCAAACAAGAGCAGAAGACAUCUAAAAUUAGAGAUCUGUAGAACUGAUAAGUCUCCAAGAUUUGGUUUAAGAUUGACAAACAAUGGCAUAGUAAGCAAGAGUGAGUGUCAAAACUAAGAAUUAAAUGACUGUGAUAUUUGCACUGCUACAUGUAAGACAGCAAGAAAUAUGGC